GCCGCCCGAGCCGGGGCGCACGACCGGGGCGCAGCCCGCGCCCCCCGCCGCGCCUGACAUGAUGUUUCCACAAAGCAGGCAUUCGGGCUCCUCGCACCUUCCCCAGCAGCUCAAGUUCACCACUUCGGACUCAUGCGACAGGAUCAAGGACGAGUUCCAGCUGCUGCAGGCCCAGUACCACAGCCUGAAGCUGGAAUGUGACAAGCUGGCCAGCGAGAAGUCCGAGAUGCAGCGUCAUUACGUCAUGUACUAUGAGAUGUCCUAUGGCUUGAACAUUGAGAUGCAUAAACAGGCGGAAAUUGUGAAGCGGCUGAAUGGGAUCUGUGCGCAAGUACUGCCGUACCUGUCCCAGGAGCACCAGCAGCAGGUCUUGGGGGCCAUCGAGAGGGCCAAGCAAGUCACCGCUCCUGAGCUGAACUCCAUCAUCCGACAGCAGCUCCAAGCUCACCAGUUGUCGCAGCUGCAGGCGCUGGCCCUGCCCCUGACGCCCCUGCCCGUGGGGCUGCAGCCGCCAUCGCUGCCUGCAGUCAGUGCGGGCUCCGGUCUGCUGUCACUGUCGGCGCUGGGCUCCCAGGCUCACCUCUCUAAGGAGGACAAGAACGGUCAUGACGGGGACACCCACCAGGAGGACGAUGGCGAGAAGUCAGAUUAGCGGGCCUCCAGUGGUGGGGGCACCGGGAGAUUUGGGGAGGGUGGGAAGGGACCUGGGGAGAUAAAGGCACAGAGAGGGAGCUACGUUCAGUGGGCCACACACAGCAUAGCUCAGGAUUGGCUAAACUCCAGUUGUAUUUAUGGUCACCACAGCCUGUUGUCACGAGCCACCCCCCUUAGCUUGACCCCCCACCCCUGGCUCCAGUCGGCUUGCUUCCACCCUGGGUGGUGACCAGGUGAGGUGAGCGAGGUCCAAAGGGAGACCCCGCACCGUGGAGCAAAGCUUCCAGAAAUUCUAUACCCUGCCACUCCCGACCUGCAUAGCCCAUAACUUGACAGUCACUGCACAGCCACCCAUCUUGGCCCAGAAUGCACACAAUGCCCCUUCCCACCCUGGGCACCCCAAACCUGUCCCCCGGAUCCCUCGAUGCUCCUUCCUCCUCCCCUCCUACACACCUGCUCCGCUAACUCCAGACACCCCCAGCCCACCUGGUCUUGUCCCCUGGAAAGAAGGGGGGACGGAGAGAGGAAAGCAGCAAGCUUGACUGGGACCGCAGAUGGGGGGAUAUGGGCACCCCACAAUUUCUCUUCUAUCCCUUCCCCAAUAAACUUGAGGGUUCUCA